UGCAUGCACCGGUAAGAGACAUUCGAUUCCGACCGGUAGUACCUCCAGCGCAAGGUGACCCUGGCACUGGACAAGCAGGCCAGGGACCCUGCGGCGGGCAACUGCAAGGGCAUGUUAGACAAUUAUCACCCACUCACCAAGGAGGAGAGGCGGAAAUUCAUCUUCGCCCUCAUCGACAUCUUCACCCUCAUCCGCAGGAGCGAUGGCGGCUUUUUCUAUCAACAGGCCGCUGACCAUGUGGAACAUGCUCCUUAGCGGCCUUGCCAUGGCCAAGGUCAGCACCGACCAGGGGCCCGCCGCCGUGUGCCCGGACGUCAGGCGCGGGACCAAGUGCAUCACCGUCGACCACUCGGACGGGUUGUAGGUGAGCGUCGUCGUGCGGCUGGUGUGUAUAGACCUGACCCGGCCCGACGCGCUGAUGCCAGUGCAGGGACAGGCCAUCCAGUGGCGUGAUAUCG